AUGAUGACAUGUACCGCAUCCAUGUGCAUCCUACGUGUCAAUCGGUGGGUGAGCGGGCAACUCGAUAACUCGACACAGUCAGCUCUGUGCGUUUCGCUUCGCCACAAGGCGUCAUCUAUCCGCAUUGCAAAUCGCAAGAAGGUUGAGAUGUUCGUCGGGAAGCGCUACCACCUUCCAACACGACUACGCGUUGCAGCACCCGACAUCGCAGCAGAGUGGGAUCAUGAAAAGAACCCCAUGCAUCUCUACCCAGAGAUCGUGGGCAUCGGCUACAUGCAUCCUGUAUACUGGAGGUGCCGAGGCUGCGCUAACUCGUACCAGAUGAGUGUGGAAAAGAGAGUUGUGCGUGGUUUCGGAUGUCCUCUCUGUGAAGAUCGGGAGCUGGACCGGUCGAUGGCGCUCAACACCGCAGCCAUGGGCACCGGUAGUGCGCGCUGUGGUGAUUCUGAUACUGCAAGUAGCGAUGCUACACCCCCGCUGCUGCCCGGCGAAGAGAAUCGCUCAUUACGACCGAAGCGUACCACGAUGCUCAACCUGCGCACCAAGUACUGA